AUGUCGAUUAAACGUGCUCUCUCCAAGGCCAUUAGGGGGCAUAUGGGCGGCGAGGAUGACUCGUCUGGCUCCAACAUUCGUACUGCCCUCACUCCCAGGAUUCGUACCUCUACGUCCCGCUCCGGCUCCCCCACCGCGUCCCCUCGUCGCAGCAUUCUCGGCAACUUCUUACGCGAUAAGAAUGAUUAUGUCUCUUCCUCUGAGGACUUCUCUGAUGACUCCUCCAGCGGUACCUUGAGCAAGAACCAGCAGAAGCGGUUGGUCCGUCAACACCGGCGCAGUGAGCGCAGUCGUCUCAGUGAGGAGAUGUUCUCCGAGACCGAUCACCGCCGCAAGGAAGAAGAGAUCGCUAAAGCGGCAGCCGAAGAGACUGCUGAUAUGAAGUCUCGCUAUGGCGAGCUUCCCUUGAUGCAGUCCGCCGUGCGUCCCCGAGAAGUGCGCACUGCGAUCGAUGAGAUCACCCCUGCCAUGGUGGGGCAGCAGGUCUUCUUCACAGCCCGACUGCAUGUGGUGCGUCGCAUGAGUGCCAAGCUCGUGUUCCUAGUGUUCCGUCAGCAGCUAGGCACCUUCCAGGGUGUUCUGCAUGAACGCCCGGGUGUCUCAUCCAUUGCCAUGAUCCAGUGGGUGGAGCACCUCCGUGUGGGGUCUUUCGUCACCGUCCGCGGUACAGUGCAAAAGCCCGAGGUUCCUGUGCUUGGCUGCUCGAUUCAUGAUGUCGAGCUGGCCAUUGACUCUGUUCAUCUUCUCGUUCGUCGCGAGGAGCCUGUCCCCUUCAGCGUUUACGAGGCUGAGAUUCGGACCACUGAAGAAGACAAGGUUGAGGGUCGUCGCAACCAUAUUCCUGACCGGACACGUCUGGCCAAUCGAAUCCUCGACCUGCGCACAGCAACCUCACAAUCUAUCUUCCGUGUUCAGUCGGCCACUUGCAAUCUGUUCCGUUCCGCCCUGGACGAGCGCGAGUUCAUCGAAAUCCAUACCCCCAAGUUGCAAGGUGCUGCCACUGAAUCUGGAGCCAGUGUCUUCCAGGUCAACUACUUUGGUCGCCCUGCAUUCCUAGCCCAGUCCCCUCAAUUGGCAAAGCAGAUGGCCAUUGCUGCCGAUUUCGGCCGUGUUUAUGAGAUUGGUGCCGUUUUCCGUGCCGAGAACUCCAACACUCACCGUCAUCUGACAGAAUAUACUGGAUUGGAUAUCGAGAUGGCAAUCAAUGAGCACUACCAUGAGAUGCUUGAGACCCUUGAUGCUGUCAUCAAGAACAUUUUGAAAGGUCUCUAUUCUAAGUACCGCCGCGAGGUGGAGCUUGUCAAGCACCAGUUUCCUUCAGAGGACAUCGUGUGGCUAGAUGAGACGCCUAUUAUUCGCUUCACUGAUGGUAUCAAAAUGCUGAAUGACUCGGGCUGGCGAAGCGAAGAAGGUGAAUUGUUGCCUCUGGAUGAGGACUUGUCCACUCGUGAUGAGAUUCGCCUAGGUGAGCUUGUCAAGGAGCAGUAUGGUACCGAUUACUAUGUCCUUGACAAGUUCCCCCGUGACGCACGUCCAUUCUAUACGAUGCCCGACGCUGAAAAUGAUAAAUUCACCAACUCAUUCGACAUGUUCAUUCGUGGACAGGAGAUUGUCUCAGGUGGUCAACGUAUCCAUGAGCCUCACAUGCUCGAGGAAAACAUGCGCCGCGUGGGUAUCAACCCAGAAGAUAUGGAGGAAUAUCUCGAGGGCUUCCGUUGGGGUGCUCCCCCUCAUGCCGGUGCCGGUGUUGGUCUCGAGCGAAUUGUCAUGUUGAUUUUGAAGCUGGGCAACAUUCGUCUGACCUCACUCUUCCACCGUGAUCCUAAGAGUUUGCCAGCGAAACACGUCGGAGAGAAGCUCCGCCACCCUGAAUCAUCGACCAUUGAGCCACCAUGGCAACGCGAGCACAAGGCUCGCGUGGCUUCCGAUGUUAGCGAGCUGCAGCCGCUGGAGGAGCUGAUUGCCAACUACGGUGAUGCCACCUCAACUUCUUGGCUCGAUGAGCGGUUCAAGAUCUGGCGUGACAUGACCACUGGUGCAGCCGUCGCCUACGUUCCCAGCUCCAAUAACUACGCUGUUAUCCCCGGCAACCCAGCGUGUGACCCCAAGCAAUACACACGCACCAUCACUCAAUUCUUGCAGUGGAUGCGCCGUGAAACCAAGUUCAAACCCGUGUGGAUUCUCUGUUCACCAGAAGUUGAGACCAUUCUGGGUGAACGACUCGGCUGGCGCAGUUUGUCUUGUAUUGCUGAGGAGCGUGUCGACCCCUCGCGCAACCAGGCUGCCUCUGACGGCGAGAUCUCUCGCAAGCUCCGUCGCGCUGAAAAUGAGGGCAUCAAAUUGGUUACCUUCAACCAAGGCGAGAUGGUCCCAGAUGACAUCCGCAAGAAGAUUGACGAGCGCAUCAGCGAAUGGCUGUCCAACCGCAAGGGAACACAAGUCCACCUCUCAGAGAUUCGGCCAUGGUGCGAUUCCGACCACCGCUGGUACUUCUACGCCCAGGACAAGGAAGGCAACAUCUGUGCCUUUGUCGCAUUGGCCAUGCUGUCUCCUUCCCAUGGCAUGCAAGUGAAGUACAGUCUGGACUUUCCCGGCGCUCCCAACGGUGUCAUCGAAUACAUUGUCACCCACGCCAUCCAGACCGCCGCCAAGAGCGGUGUCAAGGGCCUCACCUUCGGCGCUGGCGCCACCUCCCAGCUUAUCCCCGGCCAUAACAUGCACGGUACCAAGGUCAAGAUGCUGGAGCACACCUACGAAGCCCUCGCUAAGCAAUUCCACCUUGUUCGCAAGAGUGAGUUCCGCGCUAAGCUCGGUGCCACCGAGGACCCGUUGUACAUCUCUUACCCUGCCCACGGUCUUGGCUCCAAGGGUAUCCGUGCUAUCCUGAACUUCUUCGAGGAUUAA